CGGUGGUAGCAGCGACCUGCGUUUGCGUACGCGCCAGUGCUGCCGGACUGAGUUCGAAGCGCGGACGUCGCGACGCACACACAGACACAGACAACAUGAGGAUUAGUGCACGAUUCGCGGUUUUGGCCCUUUGCAUAUCAUUUGCUCAGGCAGGAAUUCUUCUACAAAAUGCCCCGGCCUGUCCCGAAUCAUAUGGAGUUCAGGCUUACGCCCACCCUGAGCUCUGCGACCAAUUCUUCCUGUGUACAAAUGGUACCCUCACCGUAGAGACGUGUGAGAACGGUCUCCUGUUCGACGGGAAAGGCGCUGUACACAAUCACUGCAAUUAUCAUUGGGCUGUGGACUGUGGAGAGAGAAAGGCUGACUUAACACCAUACUCAACCCCUGGUUGCGAAUACCAGUUCGGUAUUUACCCCGACAGCGAGGAAUGUUCCACCAGCUACAUCAAGUGCGCAUACGGAGUACCCCAUCAGGAACCUUGCACACCUGGUCUUGUAUACGAUGAACGUAUCCAUGGCUGCAACUGGCCUGAUCUUCUGCAACCUUUCUGUAACCCCGAAGCUGUAGUCGGCUUCAAGUGCCCAACUAAAGUUCCAGCACACACUCAAUCAGCCAAGUUCUGGCCUUUCCCUCGCUUCCCAGUACCAGGCGACUGCCAUAGACUAAUCACCUGCGUGGAAGGCAACCCUCGUCUCAUCACCUGCGAAGAAGGCAAGGUCUUCGACGACCAGAACCUGACCUGCGAAGACCCGGAAUUAGUGCCCCAUUGCGCGCACGCGUGAUUUAUUAAUCUAUAAAAAAUAUUAUAAAACGAAAACGAAUAAGUCCUUCAUCUAAGGCUAAAUAAUAUAUCAAUAAAUAUACCCCUAGAUAUAUCAAAGAAUGCUAUGGAUUCGUUUUAAAGACACAGUAAGUAAUUAGUGUUCCAAUUUUUUCAUUUUCAUUAACUGCAACUAAAUAAUUUAUGUAAUUUCAUAUUUAAAAAAUCAAAAUUAUUAUUUUUAAAAUAAGAAAUUCUAUUUAAGACAGUGGUAGUUUGCUAUUGUCGAAUGUAAUUUUAGCAAUAAAUUGAACGAACACAAUUAUGUUAUUUCGUUUUCGUUUUGUGAUACUUAAAAUACAAUCUGGAAUUUAUUCCACCGAUUCCUAUUUAUUUACUUAAAAUUGCUUCGUAUUUCUUUCCAUCCUCACUUCAAAAUAUUAAAAAUUAUCGAUAAAAUAUUAUCGUCAUUUACCUACGAUUUGCGUGAUAUUAGUUACCAUAGAAUUACAGUACCCAUUAUGACAAAAUAUCUUUGUGUAUAUAUAUUUUUUUUAAACAAAACAAUGUAAAUAUAUUUACCAGUAAAACUGAAAAUGUAAAUAGAAAAUACCAUAUAUGUUAAAUAAUAAAAUGUUUAAAAUUA